AUGCCGCGCGAUGUCCACGGCGUCGCCAAGGGAUGCCAUUUCCUCUUGCCCGGGCUGUGCAAUCGUGCAGCGCUGGACGUGUACGCAAGUCAACUCUCGCAGCUUGACACUCAUGGCUAUGAGCUGCCAUCGGAACUUCGCCAGAAGCUCGCCGACGAGGCACUCAUCGCGCAAGCUCUCGCUGACGAGGCCACCGCUCCUGCAGACGAGGGCUCCAGCACGGCGUCUCAGACGAGCCUGCAGAUCGCCACGCUCCUCGCGGCUGCUUCGGAGGAGGACGUGCCGGCGCUGAGCAAUGUGUUCCCGCCGCUGCCGCCGCUCGACGCAUUAACCGCUCGCAUCGGCUCGCAGGCUGCGCUGCGCAGCAUAUACACGCUCCCUAGCCUCGCGCGUUGCAACUGGGUGGUGCCCGGCAGGAUCAUGUGCGGCGACUGUGGCGCACUAGUGACCCACGCGCGUGAGCUCUGCGCCGCCGGCGUCACCACGAUUGUCAACCUGCAGACCAAGGGAGAGAGAGAUGCAGUGCCCUACCACCACGGCGUGCUCAAGCUCAACUCUGCGGCCAAGUUUGUGGAGCUGCCCAUCAAGGACCAGCAAACGACCGACGAUGCGAGGGUAUCGGCGCUGGUCCUGUCAAUCCUGAGCCGCGUCGGAGACGGCGCCUCUAAAUAUGAUGAGGAGACGCUGCAAGAGUGGCAGUCUCGCGGCGUCGCUGCUUCCAAGGCAGCCAAGCAGCGCGAUUGGACGGCCGCCUGCCUCGAAUUUGAGGCAUGCGUGAGCCUGCGCCCGGAUUGGGAGAAGGGCGUUGCAUGUCUGCUCAAGGCGCGGUCAAAGCGCCGCGAGGCUGCACAGGUGGACGGCGAUGGCGGCCGGCGAAUGGAGGAAGCCGUCACAUCCGCCACCGUCGCCGCCACACCUGCCAGCAGCAAGCCCCUCCGGCGCCUGGGCGCGCACGUGCCCUUGUUUGUUGUGCUUGCGGGCCUCCCGGGCGCCGGAAAGAGCACCUUCGCCAAGGCGCUUGCGCACAGCCGCGAGGAGUGGCUCCUGAUCGACUCGGAUGAGACGGGCGGGAGGCGCGAGACAGAGGCGGCGGUCUGUGCCGGGUGCAAGUCGGUGACCGCCGCUGCUAAGCGUGGUGGCGGCGGCAAGCACAGCCGCCUCAUCGUCGACAAGUGCAAUGUUCGCACCGCCGAGCGUGCGUCGCUGCUCGCGCUCGCACUGCCACUGCUUCCCCAGAAGCCGGACACCACGGUCGUCUACUUCGCGACCGAGACGGCUACGUGCAUCGAACGCGUGGCCUCGCGAACGGACCAUCCGUCCAUCCCAUACGGGCACGGCCGCCCCGCGGUGCAGUCGAUGGCCAAGGCGCUGGAGUUGCCUGCAGCGGUGGCCGCGGCGGCGCAAGCCAAGGAGGGCGCAGCGUGGAGGAGCGUGGAGGUGGACGGUCUUCGCUGGAUCGUGGUGAACUCCUUCGAGCAGGUGAACGCUCUGCUCUCGAGUUGGGGGGCGGGGCCGGCAGAGGUUGCGCCGGCGGGCUUCAAGAAAUUUCCGCGAACGCGCCACGUCCUCAACACCGGCGGCAGCGCGGUGACGCGGGACGACCUGGUCAUGGAUCCGGCAGAUGCGCGCCGCUUCUAUGAUGGCAUCACGGUCGUGUAUGCGGAGGAGAAGGUUGACGGGGCCAAUCUCGGCCUGUCACUCACUGCGGCGUAUGAGAUCAGGGUGCAAAAUCGUUCGCACUACGUCAACGAGCGGACACACGCGCAGUUCAAAGCGCUCGGCCGUUGGUUGGAUGAGCACGGCUGGGCGCUCUGUCGCCUUCUCGAGCCGGAGGUAGAAAUUCUCUUUGGAGAGUGGUGUGCCGCAAAGCACUCGUGCGCGUACACGAAGCUCCCCGGUCUCUUUUUGGCCUUCGACCUCUACAACAAGCGGAGCGGCAAGUUCGCCUCUGUCGCCGAGCGCGACCGCCGACUCUCUGGCUUGGGCAUCCCCAUCGUACGCACCCUCGCGUGCAGAGCCUUUGCUGGCGAGGAGGAGCUGCUGCAGCUGCUGGAGAGCACCUCGGCCUACAGCGACGGCUUUGUCGAGGGAUCCUAUCUGCGCAUCGACGGCGCGACGGAGAACCGUCUGCGCGGCAAGCUUGUCCGGCCGGACUUCAUCCAGGGGAUAGGCGACCACUGGGCCAGUGGCGGGUUCGCGCGGAACGGCGUCCGCCCCGAUUUGUGGGUUGAGAAGGAGUAA